AUGAAUAUUUAUACAACUUAUGGAAACGAUUUGAUAAACUAUGCAAAAAACAAGAAACUAAUUUUGAAUUUAAAAAAUUCGAGUUCAGAAAAUAACUAUUCGUUAAUUGAAAAUGAGAAUAUAUUAAAACUAUGUUUUAAUGAAACAUUAACUAUAUUAAAUGAAAAAGGAGAAGAAUUAGGUGAAUUUGUUGGUAAAAUACGGAAGAGUAAUUUAAAUACUAAUCCUGCAACUUUAAUAGUAAAUUUAAAUUCAACUAAUAUUUCCGAACAAGGUAAAGAAAUCGGAUUGAGUGUAAUAACUACCACUACAGCAAAUUUUCGUUCUUAUGAAGAAAAAUGGUUACAAUGGUACACUGAAAAAUCUGAAAUGACACGUAAAACAAUUUUAAUUUCGAAUAAAAACAAUGAUAGACAGGUACAAAUCUACACAGAUUUAAACGAUGGUGAAUUAAUUGAUCAAACAAAAAACAUAAAUUUAAAAAAAAUUAAAAAUUUGUUAACUGAGGGUAUGAACUAUGUUUUCCUCCGAUAUCUUGCAAUAAUAGGAUUUGAGGGUACCAUUAAAAACAAAACAGCUGUAACUAUCGAUGGAACAUUAUGUAAAACAAUAUACGAAUGUUCAUUAAAAGACAAUUAUAAAAUCAAUAAAGUGUCAAUACAAGUUGUAAUUAUAAAGAGAGUUUUACAAUUAAAAAAAUCUUUUAAAACUUCAAUUAUUCAAAUGACGACUAUCUUAACUCGUUUGGGUUAUAUAUUACAACAUUCAUGGGGUAAAAAUAUUAGUAAGAAGUUGACGAUCAAUAAGUCGAUGCGUAUCACAAAAGAUGGUUUAGUUCAUUACGACACUAUAUUACACUUAAAGAAUAAUUGGGAACAAGAUAUUCGUUUCAAAUCUAUGUAUCUAGAUAAAGUUUCUGAAAUGAAAAUAAAGUACAACACUUAUAUAAAAAACCACAAAGAUGUGAAAGACAUGAUCAUUGAUUACAUAAAAGCUAUAUUAUUAGCCAAGCCAGAUAAUGUGUUACAGUUUUCAAUCGAUCAUUUUGAACAAUUCUAA